ACCCCCAGCGUGGCGCUACUGUUCGUGUCAUGACUUCUGCGCCAUCUUGUUAAGAUCGAAGUUUAUAUUCAUCUCAGUUUCUAUUUUUGAAUAAAUUUUGUAGUAUUACCGCAGUCUUUAAGCCACAUAAACACCAAAAUGGCAUCGAGAGUAUUACUGAAAAAGCCCUUCGACCUAGGAAAGCUCGUUUUAAGAAACCAAUCAACAAUGUCAGCGUUUGAAAUUCAGCACAAAACCCCCCUUAUUAAAAAAGUGGAAGCUAUCCCAGUUGCUAUGUACGGGGGCCGCCACCACGUCACGAUGUUGCCAGGGGGCGGAAUUGGCCCCGAAUUGAUGGGAUACGUUAAAGAGGUUUUCAAGUAUGCAGGAGCCCCUGUUGAUUUUGAAGUCGUGGAUAUCGGGGAUGAAAACAGUGAUCUUGACUAUGCCUUAACUUCAAUCAAGCGAAACGGCGUUGCCAUCAAAGGCAAUAUUGAAACCAAAAGCGAGAGCGCGAGUGUCGUUUCCAGAAAUGUGGCCAUCAGAAACGAACUAGAUUUAUACGUAAAUAUUUUACACUGUAAGUCAUAUCCGGGAGUUCCUGCGAGACAAAAAGAUAUCGACAUUGUCAUCAUCAGACAAAAUACUGAGGGAGAGUAUGCCAUGCUGGAGCACGAGAGCGUUGAUGGCGUUGUUGAAAGUAUGAAAGUCGUGACGGAGUCAAACUCAGAUAGAGUCGCGCGGUUCGCCUUUGAAUAUGCCAAAAAAAACGGGCGUAAAAGAGUUACAACAAUACACAAAGCCAACAUUAUGAAACUUUCAGAUGGUCUUUUCUUAGAAACGUCAAGACGGGUCGCUAAGGAUUACCCAGAAAUUGAGCACAAUGACAUGAUUAUCGAUAAUUGUUGCAUGCAACUGGUAUCAAAGCCACACCAGUUCGACGUAAUGAUCAUGACUAAUUUGUACGGAAGUAUAGUCUCUAACGUAGUUUGUGGAUUGAUAGGAGGCGCUGGUCUCUUAUCUGGUAAAAAUUACGGUGAUCAUUAUGCAAUUUUCGAGCCUGGCACUAGAAAUACAGGGACGGCAAUUGCCGGAAAAAAUAUCGCCAACCCUAUCGCCAUGCUGAGUGCCUCAGUUGAUAUGUUAAACCAUCUGGGACAUGUACAACACGCUGAACUUAUCCAGCGCGCCAUCGAGAAAACCAUCUGCGAGGAUAAAAUCCACACUCCUGAUUUGGGUGGUUCCGCUAGGAGUACGGACGUCGUCCAGAGAAUUAUCGACCACAUCUUACAAGCCGAUAUUAGACCUUGAAUCGAGUUUGAGUCACGUUUGUACCUUAUUUAAUUGUAUGAUAUGUAAAUAGACUUCAACUAAGAUUGUAUUUAUUAAGUCUUGUACUUUGUUUGGAUUAAUCAAGUUUAAAUAAAACAACAAGUUCAAUACGA